GGGGCGUGUCCGGGGGCGUGUCCCCGCGGUGGGCGGUGCCGCGGGACCAUGGCGUGGUCCCGGUACCAGCUGGGCCUGGCCGCGCUCAUGCUCCUCACCGGCUCCAUCAACACCCUGGCGGCCAAGUGGGCCGACAACUUCAGCGCUCCCGGCUGCGAUGGCGCGGAGGAGCACAGGUUCCAGCACCCCUUCCUGCAGGCCGCCGGGAUGUUCCUGGGGGAGUUUUCCUGCCUCCCGGUGUUUUACCUGCUGCUCCUGCGGGAUCGGCGCCGCGCGGAUCCCGCCCCGGCCCCGAAUCCAGCCCCAUCCCGACCCUUCCAGCCCCUGCUGUUCCUGCCCCCCGCCCUGUGCGACAUGGCCGGCACCAGCAUCAUGUACGUGGCCCUGACCAUGACCAGCGCCUCGAGCUUCCAGAUGCUGCGGGGCUCGCUCAUCAUCUUCACGGGGCUGCUGUCGGUGGCGUUCCUGGGCCGGCGGCUGCGCUGGAGCCACUGGUCGGGAAUGGCGCUCACCGUGGCGGGGCUGGCGCUGGUGGGGCUGGCGGAUCUACGCGGCUCCGGCGGCGCCGGGCACGGCACGGUUGGCGUGGUCACGGGUGACCUGCUGAUCCUGCUGGCCCAGGGAAUCGUGUCCAUCCAGAUGGUGCUGGAAGAAAAAUUCAUCUUCAGCCACGACGUCCACCCGCUGCGCGCCGUGGGCACCGAAGGUUUGUUCGGCUUCGUCAUCCUAGCGCUGCUGCUGGUGCCGCUGUCCUUCAUCCCGGCGGGCCGGCUCUCCGGGAAUCCGCGUGGAGUGCUGGAGGAUCCGGCAGACGCCUGGUGCCAGAUCCGCCGGGAGCCGCUGAUCCUGGCGGCGCUGCUGGCCAACGUGGGCAGCAUCUCCUUCUUCAACUUCGCGGGGCUGAGUGUGACGCGGGAGCUGAGCGCGACCACGCGCACGGUGCUGGACAGCCUGCGCACGCUGCUGGUCUGGGCGCUCAGCCUGGCGCUGCGCUGGGAGCAGUUCCACGCGCUCCAGAUCCCAGGAUUCGCCCUGCUCCUGGCGGGAGCCGCGCUCUACAACGGCCUGCACCGUGCCCUGCUGCCCGGCGGCGCCGGGGAGGACACCGGGAGCGGCAACGGGAGCGGGAAUGGCGAGGAGAGGGAAGCGCUGCUGGGCACGGAUGGCGAUGCUGAAAAUCAGGGAUGAGCGCGAUCCCUGUUUGGGGAUGUUCUGUGGGAUGGGAAUCCUGAAGAUUGGGACUGGGAAUUCUCCCAACAGGGAAUGGUGGCAAUGAGUGAUGGAUGUUCCUUGGGAUGUGCAUCCCGAAGAUUGGGACUGGGAACUCUUCCAGCAGGGAAUCGUGGCAAUGAGUGGAUGUUCCUUGGGAUGUGCAUCCCAAAGAUUUGGAUUGGGAAUUCUCCCAACAGGGAAUGGUGGCAAUGGCUGGAUGUUCCUUGGGAUGUGCAUGCCAAAGACUGGGACUGGGAACUCUUCCAGCAGGGAAUGGCAGAGAUGGGGUGGAUGUUCCUUGGGAUGCACAUCCCGAAGAUUGGGAUUGGGAAUUCUCCCAGCAGGCAAUGGUGGCAAUGACUGGAUGUUCCUUGGGAUCCACAUUCUGGGGAUUGGGACUAAAAAUUCUCCCCUCAGGGAAUGGCAGAGAUGGGGUGGAUGUUCCUUGGGAUGUGCAUCCCAAAGAUUGGGACUGGGAAUUCUCCCAAUAGGGAAUGGUGGCAAUGACUGGAUGUUCCUUGGGAUCCACAUCCUGGGGAUUGGGACUGGGAAUUCUCCCCACAGGGAAUGGCAGAGAUGGGGUGGAUGUUCCUUGGGAUGUGCAUCCCAAAGAUUGGGACUGGGAAUUCUCCCCACAGGGAAUCGUGACAAUGACUGGAUGUUCCUUGGGAUGUGUACCCCGGGGAUUGGGAGUGGGAAUUGUGCAUCCCAAAGACUGGGAAUUCUUCCAACAGGGAAUGGUGGCAGUGAGUGGAUGUUCCUUGGAAUGUGCAUCCCAAAGAUUGGGAUUGGGAAUUCUCCCCACAGGGAAUGGCAGAUUUGGGGUGGAGAAGCUGUACUGGCUCUUCCCAAUGGGGUUUGGACCCACAGCGGAUUUCCCGGGAGACUGGAGCCUCUGCACCAUUCCCAAAAAAUUGGGAUGGGACUGGGGUGGGAUUUGGGCUGGAUCCACCCACUCCUAAAUUUGUGUUCCCAAUAAAGCCCCUCUGCCCCUGGCUCAUUCCA